AUGGAGGCCGUCCUACACCAGUGGAAAGCUAAUGGCGGGGUAGAUUUCAAUUUGGAGGGGCUGCGCACAACUCUGGAUGCCCAGGCAUCCGGCAUAGGUGACUAUCAGGACGCAUCCUCAGAGUCUCGAAAGAAGCUCGCUGAAGCGACCAAGAUGGACGUGAAACUGAAGAGCGUAGGGCCACUGCUGAAGAGCUACCAGGAAGAGAUCGACCGCCUGACCCUGCGCAGCUCCUUCGCAGAGAAGGCAUUCCUUGCCCUCUACAAGCCCCUCUCUGAACUGCCUGACCCGGUGCUGGGCCUCAAUCGCGCCACCGAGGAGCUGCAGCAGGUGGGCAAGGUGGGGGAGCUGGAGGCCGAGAACAGGCGGCUGCAGAAGGAGGUGGAGGAGUUUCACAAGGAGUUCCAGGAGAUCCAGAACCAGGAGGUCACCGUGCGGCGCCUGGAGGAACGGCUACGAGAGUAUGAGGGCCAGAUGGAGGAGCUCGUGGCCGACAAGGAGCGCAUAGCCGAGUCCCAACGGCAACUCGCCUCUGCCCGCGCUGAGCUGCUCGCCGUGCGUCAGGCCUACGAUGCCGCCCAGGCCUCCCUCUUUGACCUCAAGCUCAGGCACGACGACGAGCAGGCCGCCAGGCAGGCACAGGUGGAGCUGUUGUUCAGCGAGGUCGAAAGGGCCAACGCGUCUGUGCUCUCAUUGGAGCGGGAGCGGGACAAGCUCAAGGAGCAGCUUUCAGCCGAAAGGCAUCUGUCCGUGGCACCACCCGAGCCCGACCUCGAAAUAGCUGUCGCACAGAAGGACAUCGAGGUGGCGACGUUGCAAGAGCAGGUGCAGCAGCUCCAGGCGAGCCUCAGCCAAGGCGCCCAAGCCCGCGAGGCAGCAACAGCGGCGCUCCAGGCGCAGGUGCAGGAGCAGAAGGCCGAAAUUGAUGCCCUCCACAAGCAGCUCCACUCGGCACCCUCUGCCUCUCAGAUGCAGGAGAUGAAGAAGCAGUUGCAGAUGCUCAAGUCGAUGGAACUGGACAUGAGCGAAUCCGAUCCCAUCGGCGAAAAGACGGUGCUCAAGCUGCUCAAGGAAAAGAGCCGCCGCCUGGAGACCGAAUCCAUCCAGUUGAAGGCUCGUGGCAAGCAGGUGGAAGAGGAGUUGGGCCACACAAAGCAGCAGCUGGAGGCAGCCGAAGAGAAGCUGAAGGAGCAGUCGCGGCUCAUCUCCCGUCUGGAGGAGGACAUCGCCUCUGCGCACCGGGCUGGCCCCCCACCUGCUCAGUCGGCUCCUGCCGUGGAGGAAAGCAGCGGCGGCGGCGGCGGCGGAGGCGGUAAGGCGAUGUCGCAACCAUCGGCCGGGAGCGCAAGUGAUGACAUCUCCACCGUCACCGAGAUCAUACGCUCUCAGCGGGACCGCUUCAAGAUGCGAGUGGGCGAGCUGGAGACGGAAGCGCGCAAGUUGCGCGAUCAGCUCGCCGAUGUACAGGAGGAAAUCAGUUCGCUGCGUGGCGACAACCUCAAGCUGUACCAGAAGAUCCGCUACCUCUCCUCCUACAACCCCCGCCAGGGCAAGACCGCCGGCGACCCCGAGGACCCCUCCGAGUUGAAGUACAGGAACCUCUACGAGGACUCCGUCAACCCCUUCACCCUCUUCAACCGGAAGGAGAAGCAGGAGAGGUACAAGGGCCUCAACACGGCAGAAAAGGUGACACUGCACACCGGCAGAUUCUUCCUGGCCAACAAGUACUCGCGCACGUUCAUCUUCUUCUACGCACUGGCGCUCCAUCUCCUCGUGUUCCUCACCCUGUACAAACUCGCCAACACCGCCACCCUGCGUCCUGCUGUCUGA